GAUGAUGUUAUUUAUUUAUUUCUUCUAUGUUCACUGUUCAGUCGUUAGUAACGAACUGAACGAAUCGUGAUAGUGCCAAAAACCCUACCCAGGAAAACUCAAGGUUAAGAACUAGGGUUUUUGUAUCUGUCAUUGGCAUCGUGGACAUGGAUUCGCCGGAAACUGAAUCCACGGACUCCGCACAGACGCACGAUAGCGAUCUCCUUAUCGGCGAAGACUACGAAGCCAUGUUAAAGCAAUCUAUACAAGAACUGGUAGAUACACGCGGCAAAAGCGUUCAUGAAAUUUCUGCUUUAUUUUCAAAGUUCUUCGUGUUAAUGCGAGCCAAGGUCGAUCCUCCUUUGGAAGCCAUCUGGGUCUACUCUUCAUUGAGCUUUCGCGGCCGCAAAUCAACCGAAGUUGAGCCGCGCGUUCGAUUUUCUGCUGCCAAAGAUCUGUUCGAGUUGCUCCAGGCUUGUUCAGCUCCGUGCGGUGGUUUGAAAAGCAUUGCGUUACUAGCUCCUGUGAUGUUUGAGGUCUAUGCGUUGGUUGUUGAUAUGCGUGAGAAGAAAGAUUUGUCUUCGAAGAGGGACAAGAAGACGAUGAAAGAGAUUGAAUCGUUAAUCGAAGUGGUUCUUGGAUAUAUCAGCGUGUGUCGCUGGGAGGACUCUGACGGGGAAAAAUAUGCUUCGGUUAAUUUGAUUUCUUCAAUAGCGGAUUUAGUUCGCGUUUGGGUGGAGGAUCGGCUUGAGGGAAACAGAGAGGCAAUGGAAGCUCUAGAGUUGUUUUUCCCCAUUUUGAGUGAGGAUGCUCGUACAAGGCUUAAUGUGAGAGAACUUGAUAUUAGUUACUUGGCUGGAGUUGUUGUGUUUGAGGCUUUUUUGUUGAGAAUGUGCUUGAAAUUCGGUGUUGAUGUUCUGAGAUCAGAGUUGCAGAAAGAUUUGAGGACAUGGGCAGUGGGUUCAAUAAACAGCAUUCAGAGCUAUUACUUUUUUGAGGUCCUUGUGAGGAUGCUUUUGGAGCCGACUUUGCCGUUAACCUCCUUACUUGAAUCUGAAGAUGAACUCUUGCUAAGAAAAAUUUUAUACGAUGCUGUGAUAUUGGUGGAUUAUUCCUUCCUCAAACAUCAGAAAACCUUUCAACUGCCUGUUGAGCGCAUGAAGAGUCUUGCCAUGACAAGAUUGAUUGUUGCACAUGAAGCCAUAGAGUUUUAUCGGGAAAGAGGAGAUCAGACAAGAGCUGUCUCUUAUAUAAAUGCCUUCUCCAGAUCUUCUUUACCUUCCCAAAUAAUUAAGUGGGUUACAAGCCAGAUUAGCUGGAAUGCAAAAGAGAGUAAACCAUAUGGGUCCUCUCCUAAAGCUCUUAUAAGAUGGCUUCUAGAACUUGAGGGUCAAGGGUUAAGAAUAUUCAAUGAUAGCAUCUCAAAAUGCCGUGCCAAAUUAGCACUUGAUGUCUCAAAAGCAGACUAUGAGCAACCUUUAAGCAAUGAAGGGCACAAUCGUGUGGAUGCUGAUCUCCUCUUUUACAUUGAUAACAAGGGAGUAGAGGAAGGAGGAAGCCAAGAGGAUGAGAAGAUCGAGUCCACAAGUGCUGCAUUUAUUGCUGCUUCCCACACAAUGAGCACAGAAAAGGACACAGUACAAAAGCGUAAAAUGGGUAGAAAAAGCCGUGAAAGGAAGAAACAUGGCAAGAUUCUUAAGUAUGACCUUCAUGACAUUUCUAAUUCAAGAAAAAAUUCCUCACCUGGGAAUAGUCACGAUGAUUUGAGCAGUGAUAGUGAGGUUGAAAAUCCGCCGUGUGUUGAAGAUAAGCAAGUGAGGGAACAAUGAGGUUCAACAACGGAUAAUGCUGAUAGUGUUAUUUUUGCCAAUUUUGUCAAGUGAGCAUCCUGCCCUGAGAAGUUUUCCAAUGCAGAGAUCAUACUUCAGGGCAGCCACAGGGAGAUGGCAGUAGUAAGCUCCUAUGCUAAUAUUAACACGAGUGUUCUUGCUAGCCAUACAGCUAGUUUUCAAUCAAUUAUUAAGCUUCAAGGCAAUGUCAUGAUGGGAUUAUAUUCGCUCAGUACAAAUGAUGAGAAUCACGAGAUACAAUUUUUGUUUCUAUCAUGUGGCUAUUGCUACAAUAAGUUGUGUUGAGAGAGAGAAGGUUUGAAACUUUAUAGCAGUCUCUACAUGGAAGGGGGUUCAUCCAACGAAUUCUUCAUUUUCUCCUCCUACCAACGUGCUCAUUAUCCUCCCCCCCGUGGCCCCCCUGAAAAUUUAUGUACAGAUAUUAAUUUAAUCAUCUUUGCUUCUACAGGUUUUGUUGCAUAUUUUUUUCUCCUUUUACCCAUACCUAGGCUAUAUUGUACUGAGCAGGGAGCAAACCUAGAAUUAACGAUCAGUGUGCUAGUUUUUAUCAACAUAUGCUACUUGAUAAAAUCUGGAGUAACUGAAGCAUUCCUAUGAAAUGUUUUGGGCAAUAGGUUCAUACUUGGAUCUUGUAAUUACAUGGGCUAAUUUAUUUCUGUAUAAAAAUAUUUUGAUUAUAAACAAAGCGGAUGUGUUUAUGAA